GGGCCUCUCCACUUCACUCCUCUUCUUGCAUCCUUGCAAGCUCUCUUCCCUGCAAAGGUCCUUGAUUCCAACCGGCAGCAGCAGCAAUGGCGGAUCGCGACACACGCGGCGGCAUCUACGGCGGAACCCACGGCCAGGGCGUCGGCGGCGGCGGCCGGCCGGUCGGGGAGCAGGUGAAGGGCAUGAUCCACGACAAGGGCCCCACGGCGACGCAGGCGCUGACGGUGGCGACGCUGUUCCCGCUGGGCGGGCUGCUGCUGGUGCUGUCGGGGCUGGCGCUGGCGGGCUCCGUGGUGGGGCUCGCCGUGGCCACCCCCGUGUUCCUGCUCUUCAGCCCGGUGCUCGUCCCGGCGGCGCUGCUCAUCGGGAUGGCCGUGACGGGGUUCCUCACGUCGGGCGCGCUGGGCCUGGGGGGCCUCUCCUCGCUCACGUGCCUGGCCAACACGGCGCGGCAGGCGUUCCAGCGCACCCCGGACUACGUGGAGGAGGCGCGCCGCAGGAUGGCAGAGGCCGCGGCGCACGCGGGCCACAAGACCGCGCAGGCCGGACACGCCAUCCAGAGCAGGGCGCAGGAGGCCGGCGCCGGAGGAGGCGGCGCCAGCACCGGCGGCGCGGGCGGCGGCAGGGCGUCGUCGUAAGCGAGCUAUGGUGAUAGUACUACGUGCGUGGAUGCAGCAGAGGGUCGUGGAAUGCUGCGUUGUUCAGUACGUCGUGUGCCCGGGAUUUGCUCGCCUCCCCGACCGAGUGUGUUGGUAGCCUGCGUGUGGUGUGUUCGUACGUGCUGUGUGCCGGUGCGCGUCUGUGUUCCUCAUCGCUCCAGUUCGGAGCUGUGAAUAAGUAGCUAGGGGAAUAAGUGAAGUGUCUGGGGAGAACGUCUGAGCUAGACCGCUAGCGCUAGUGUGGCUGGGCGCUGGGCUGGCUAUAUAUGUUGUGCAUCAGCGGUGUCAUGUGUCAUCUUCUGUUACGGAAAGCAUUGGUGAAUAUAUGUC